CGCCAUAUUGCGGAGCUGUCACAGCGCCCGCCGCGCUCCGCGCCGCAUCUCCGGCGAGCAGCGCGGGGCGGCCCCGCAGCGCCUCCUGCCCCGCUGCGAGGGGCGGCGGGGGGGACACACCGCCCCGCCAGGAGCGGAGAGCGCCGCGCCCCGAGCACCCUGCCCCGGGGGCUCGGCGCCCCCCUCCGCUCGGCGCCGCGGAGGGAGCGGAGUCCCAGAAGGGGCAAAGAGUUUUUGGAAGAUUUAAGUGAACAGGAGACUACAGAAAACAAGAAAAAUGCCGAAACCAAUCAAUGUCAGAGUAACCACAAUGGAUGCAGAGUUGGAAUUUGCCAUCCAGCCCAAUACAACAGGCAAGCAGCUCUUUGACCAGGUGGUGAAAACUGUUGGUCUUCGUGAAGUCUGGUUUUUUGGGCUGCAGUACGUGGACAGCAAAGGCUACUCAACUUGGCUGAAGCUAAAUAAAAAGGUAACACAGCAAGAUGUACGGAAAGAAAAUCCUUUGCAGUUUAAGUUCAGGGCCAAGUUUUUUCCAGAGGAUGUAUCUGAAGAAUUAAUUCAGGAAAUAACUCAGAGACUUUUCUUCCUGCAAGUAAAAGAGUCAAUCUUAAAUGAUGAAAUAUAUUGCCCACCAGAAACUGCAGUUCUUCUGGCUUCCUAUGCUGUCCAGUCCAAGUAUGGAGAUUACAGUAAGGAGAUCCAUAAGCUGGGCUACCUAGCCAAUGACCGGCUUCUCCCCCAGCGUGUGUUAGAACAGCACAAACUGACAAAAGAACAGUGGGAAGAAAGAAUACAGAACUGGCAUGAAGAGCACAGGGGAAUGUUAAGGGAAGAUUCUAUGAUGGAAUACCUUAAGAUAGCACAAGACUUGGAAAUGUAUGGAGUCAACUAUUUUGAAAUAAAGAAUAAAAAAGGAACUGAAUUGUGGCUAGGAGUUGAUGCUUUGGGUCUGAAUAUUUAUGAGCACGAUGAUAAGCUAACACCCAAGAUUGGUUUUCCUUGGAGCGAAAUAAGAAACAUCUCAUUUAACGACAAAAAAUUUGUCAUAAAGCCAAUUGACAAAAAGGCCCCUGAUUUUGUUUUUUAUGCACCCCGUCUGAGAAUUAACAAGCGAAUUUUGGCACUGUGUAUGGGAAAUCAUGAAUUGUACAUGAGGAGGAGGAAACCUGAUACAAUUGAAGUGCAACAGAUGAAGGCCCAAGCUAGAGAAGAGAAACAUCAGAAACAAUUGGAAAGAGCACAAUUAGAAAAUGAGAAGAAAAAAAGGGAGAUAGCAGAAAAGGAAAAGGAAAGAAUAGAGCGUGAAAAGGAGGAAUUAAUGGAGCGCUUAAGACAAAUUGAGGAGCAAACAAUGAAAGCUCAGAAAGAGCUAGAGGAGCAGACUCGAAGAGCUCUAGAACUGGAUCAAGAACGGAAGCGUGCAAAAGAGGAAGCAGAACGCCUGGAAAAAGAGCGUCGAGCAGCUGAAGUAGCCAAAGCUGCUCUAGCCAAGCAGGCAGCUGAUCAAAUGAAGAACCAGGAGCAGCUAGCAGCAGAAAUUGCUGAAUUCACAGCCAAGAUUGCACUUCUAGAGGAGGCCAAGAAAAAGAAAGAAGAGGAAGCAUCAGAAUGGCAGCACAAAGCUUUUGCAGCCCAAGAGGACUUGGAAAAGACCAAAGAAGAACUGAAAUCUGUGAUGUCUGCUCCUCCUCCACCUCCACCCCCACCAGUUAUUCCUCCAACAGAGAAUGAACACGAUGAACAUGAUGAGAACAAUGCUGAAGCCAGUGCAGAACUGUCUUCUGAUGGUGUCAUGAAUCACAGGAGUGAGGAAGAACGGGUAACAGAAACACAGAAAAAUGAACGUGUUAAGAAACAGCUCCAGGCUUUAAGUUCAGAGUUGGCUCAAGCCAGAGAUGAAACCAAGAAAACACAAAAUGAUGUCCUUCAUGCUGAGAAUGUUAAAGCAGGCCGCGAUAAGUACAAGACUCUCCGGCAAAUCCGACAAGGCAAUACAAAGCAGCGUAUUGAUGAGUUUGAAGCAAUGUCUGGAUGGCAGGUGGUAGUUCCAGGAAAUGUUUUUAAAUGGAACACUACCUGUGGGCAGCGCAUGGCUGCUGAUAGGCUUGAGUAAGUAUUGCUUUUCCUAGCUGAUUCUUUUAGAUGUGCAAAAUGUUCCAAUGCAGCAAAGAGGGAAAAAAAUAAACAAAGCUUAAUUUGCUAUUUGCUUGUAAUUAUUUUAUUUGCAGUAGGGAGACCUGGACCUUUCUGGCAAGGGAGCAUAUGAAAACAUCAGUCCCAGGGAGGGGACAGUAUCCUACCUCACUACUAUGUACAUGAUGACUGGUCCUUCAAACACCAUGAAAAUAACUGUUUAAAUUGAUUGUCACUACACAGUAACAUCAAAGAUUGCUAGGAGACCUUACUCCUAUAAUUUUAUUUUACUUUAUUAUGGAUUUAUAAUGCUGAGUACUGUCUAACUGCCUUCUGUUGAGUUGAAAUUGUAAAAGCAUCUGGUGUAUUUUAAAGCUGUAACCUGUCACUGGUAUACUAUAUUCUGGGAGGGGUGUAGAAUGUGUGUGUCAGUCAGUUUGGGUUUCAAAUACAAAAUGAAACUUCCCAGAAUUGGAGUAAAAGUGUUUGUAGCUUCAGUUUUCAGUGAAGCUAGUAUUGUAAUUGUCAUAUCUGAUGUCAGAUUAUUAAGUCCUUUCCCUCUUGAAAAGGAAACCUGCUCUUUUAAGAAAUUUGCUUAGAAAUUGAACUUUAGUAAUAACUUUACAGUUAAUGUGGACUUCAGUUGCUCCCUAUGUUAGAGUACCCUAGUAAAUAUUGACGUGGAAGAACCUAGGUUUCUCUGAGGAUGGUUCAGCUUUUUUUCUGUUUGGUAUUAUGCACUCAUAAAUUUACACUCAUCUAUUAAAAUUUGCCAUUUUAUUAAACUUUUUUUUUUUCAUGCACAAUAGGUCUAAAUUUCUCAUGAACAGUCCGACUAAGUUUGUUUUUUUAUUUUGCGGUAAAAGUUUGGCUAUGUGGGGUGACAUCAUGAAAAUUAAAUAAAGAUACAUUAAUAUAUUUUUGGUUUGUGGGGCUAAACAUAUCUGCUUGACCUUGAAGACUGAUGUGCAGAUGCUGUGCACAUGCUUUAAAAUGCUGCUUGGUGGAAGUUGGUGUUUCAACUUGCAGUGCAUUGUAAGAACAGUUUUUGUUUCACAGGCUUCAUACACCGAAGCUUAAGCAAAUUUCUGAAGUAUUUAAAGAGUUUGGCAUGGCAGGUGAAAUACUGUGCUUCCAGUGAGUUUUCAUUUUUCCCUGAAAAGUGUGCACUAAGACUGAUCCAUCAGUUUCAGUGUUUGGAAAAACACCAGUAAAGAUUGUUGUUCAUAAAUCUACAACAUGUAGAGUAGGACUGAAUGGAUUCGAUCCAUUUAUAAAGCUGUGUGAUUUUUUUUUUUUUUUUUUUUUAAUUCAAACAACCAGGAACAACCAUUUGUAAUACAGGUUUUCACAAUGAACAAAGUGGUAAUAGCUGCUGUCACCAGCAGUUGAGAACACUUACUGGUGCAGAAAUACUAAGAAUACAUCUAAUGAUUACUCAGUGAAGUAAUUUUCCACAUGCUUUUUCCUUUAGCAUCAUGUUUUGUGUUGUACAAUUAAGCUACAAUUACAUCUACUAUUUUGGAUAACAUUCAUUGGUUAACAAUAAAGAGAUACAGUUAA